AUGCCCCACGAGGCCAGAGCGCCGCUUCCGGUCAUGCGUGAUUUCCGGAGCGGAUUGGAACCCGGAGUGCGGAUUCGGUUCCCCCGCGGCGGGGGUUCCCGCGGAGAGGCGGUUUUAUAAUGGCACAAGGAGAAAUAGAUGAAUCAGUGUUCCUAUGGUGUGAAGACUGUGGCCAGUACCAUGAUUCGGAGUGUCCAGAGUUGGGUCCAGUGGUGACUGUCCAGGACUCUUUUGUUCUGAGCAGAGCCAGAUCAUCUAUUCCUGCCAACCUGGAGAUCAAAAAUAUUGGAGAUGGCACAGAGGGGGUGUUUGCUGUCACUUCAUUGGUCAAACGGACUCAGUUUGGUCCUUUUGAAUGUAAGAGAGUUGCCAAAUUGGACGAGGAACCCGUCUUUUCUCUUAAGGUGUUUCAGAAGGAUGGGAUGAUGAUGCUGUUUGACACCUCUAGUGAGUUUGAAUGUAACUGGAUGAUGCUGGUGAGGCCGGCAACGGAAUUCAGCCACCAGAACCUGACCGCAUUCCAGCAUGGCAACGACAUCUUUUUCACUACCUCCCAGGAGAUUGCGGCUGGCACAGAGCUGCGAGUGUGGUACGCCGCUUUCUAUGCAAGGAAGAUGGAAAAACCUCUGCUGAAGCCUCCUAUGCCCUGUCACAAUGAGGUGGGGUUUUUGGCAACUGAACCUGUGAAAGAGGUCAGCGCAACGUCUUCAAAAAACAACCAGAUCACCUCAUCGAAAGCCAAAAAAAGGAAGGCUGCUCGUCCUCUAGCAGCAUACUCAUCAGGUGCAAGGAAGCGCUGCGCAGUUACCUGUCAGGAGAACAGCGAUCUCAUCCAUGUGGAAACGUGCGAGUGGGUGUGUAAAGUGUGCAAUACCACCUUCCUCGAACCCAACCUGCUAACCGAACAUUUAUUAAGCCACCUGGAACAAGCAAAGGCGAUCUCUCCAUCCGAGUCCGGUGAGCCGCCUUUCACAGAGGGAGAAGCCGGAAGCGCGCCACCGGAGCAGCCCGUCAUAUGCAGCGCUCCGCCCGCUAUCACAGAGGUGACCAAGAAGAAGCCGAGGAAACGAAGGAAAUCCAAAGGCACAAAGAUUCCUCUUGUGAUUGUCGAGGAUGACGGCCCUCAAGCACAUCAUCCUAUUCUUUACAGUCCAGUUUUUCCAUCCGACCGGGUGGCCGAAAUCAUCACCGAAAUCCCGCCUGACGAGGUACCGCUGCCACAUGACUCCGAUGACAAGUUCAUGGAGCUGAUGCUGGGAAAACUGCCCGCCGCCAACAGCUUGAUGCCCGUCUCCAAGUUUGCCUUCCACCAGGGGAAUAAUUCUCUGAAGAGGGGGAUGCUGCUAUCUAGCACACGGCACAGCAUGAGAAGAAAAUUUGUGCGUCAGCUCGGCGAUCACAAACGUGUCUUCCAGUGCAACGUUUGCUCCAAGGUUUUCCGAAAUAGCAGCAACCUGAGCCGUCACAUCCGAUCCCAUGGUGACAAGCUGUUCAAAUGUGAAGAAUGUUCUAAACUGUUCAGCCGUAAAGAGAGUCUGAAGCAGCACGUAUCCUACAAGCACAGCAAGAAUGAGAGUGAUGGAGAAUACAGACACCGGUGCGCCAUCUGUGAAAAGUCGUUCAGGUUAGAGGCCUUCCUGGAAUUCCACAACUGCAGGACAGACGACAAGUCCUUUCAGUGUGAAAUGUGCUACAGAUUCUUCUCCACCAACAGCAACCUCUCCAAGCACAAGAAGAAACAUGGGGAGAAGAAGUUUGCCUGCGAGGUGUGUAAUAAGCUCUUCUACAGGAGAGACGUCAUGUUGGAUCAUCAACGGAGGCACCUGGAAGCACAGUAUUUAUAUGGACAAACAGAUCCUCAGAUUGAAAAAGCACCUCAUCCCAUUAAUGGUGUGAGGAGGGUAAAACGGGAGUCCAUCCAACAGGCAACCGAUAACUCCAUAAAAUACAAGAAGGAACCAUCUGCGUGUCCUGUGUGUGGGAAAAUGUUCUCCUGUCGCAGUAAUAUGAACAAGCAUCUCCUCACUCACGGAGACAAGAAAUACACCUGUGAAAUCUGCGGCCGCAAAUUCUUUCGAGUGGACGUCCUCCGAGACCACAUCCACAUCCAUUUCAAGGACAUUGCCUUGAUGAACGAUCAGCAACGAGAAGAGUUUAUCAGGAAGAUUGGCAUUUCCUCGGAAGACAACGAUGACAACUCCGAUGGCAGCGUUGACUCCGAGCCCCACAAGUAUGCCUGCAAGAGGUGCCAGAUCUCCUUUGCUCGGGGGAAGGACUACUUGAAGCACAUUAUGGAUAUCCAUGCUGAGAAUGGGUACAAUUGCAGUAUCUGUCACCGGCGGUUCGCCCUCAAAGCAACAUACCACGCCCACAUGGUCAUUCACCGGGAGAACCUUCCUGAUCCAGAGGUGCAAAAAUACAUACAUCCGUGUGAAGUUUGUGGCCGGAUUUUCAACAGCAUAGGAAACCUGGACAGACACAAACUUAUUCACUCAGGGGUAAAAAGCCACGGGUGUGAACAGUGUGGAAAGUCGUUCGCCAGGAAGGACAUGUUAAAAGAACACAUGAGAGUCCAUGAUAACAUCCGCGAGUAUCUAUGUGCAGAGUGUGGGAAAGGAAUGAAGACCAAACAUGCCCUGCGGCAUCACAUGAAGCUACACAAAGGCAUUAAGGAGUACGAGUGUGUAGAGUGUCACCGCAAGUUUGCACAGAAAGUCAACAUGCUGAAGCACUACAAAAGGCACACAGGUAUCAAAGAUUUCAUGUGUGAGCUGUGCGGAAAGACAUUCAGUGAGAAGAACACAAUGGAGACCCACAAACUUGUACACACCGGAAAGCAGUGGACUUGCUCCGUGUGCGAUAAGAAGUACGUCACGGAAUACAUGCUCCAGAAACACGUCCAGCUCACUCAUGACAAGGUGGAGGCUCAGAGCUGUCAUCUGUGCGGAACAAAGGUCUCCACCCGAGCCUCCAUGAGCCGCCACUUACGGAGGAAGCACCCGGAGGUUAUGUCUGAGCCGAUUGAGGAGAUGAAUUAUCUACAAGGAUAUCCAGGGAUUCACACAGCCAUGAGCUUUUUCCAGCCUGUUCUGGAUGGUGAAGAAGAUGACGAGCUGGAUCCAGAUAAAUCGCUGCGGCUGGAUGGAACCCACAUAGAUCAGGAUAAAGAUGGCGAGGAGGAAGAAGGAACACACGAGGACUCAGAGUUCACCCAAUACAGCGGCAAGGAGGUUGAGUUCACGAGUGGAGCUGCGGAGGAGGAUGGAUCCGCUGUGGAGACUCUGCAGCAGGUCGUGGUGACAAUCAGUGACGGGAAUGUCCCCACCCCAUCUUGCACCGUGGGACUGACCAACAUCACAGUGACUCCCAUCACCACCACGGCGGGUGCGCAGUUUGCCAGCUUGCAGCCAGUGGCUGUGGGUCACCUGACUGGCUCUGACCGCCAGCUCCAACUGGACAGCUCCAUCCUCACUGUGACUUUCGAUGCUGUGAGCGGCAGCGCCGUGCUCCACAACCGGCCAGCUGAGCUGGCCAUCACCGCGUCUCAGGAGGGCCCUGGCUCGCACCCCGUCGCACACUUCAUUAACCUCACCACCUUUGUGAACUCCAUAGCUCCCCUCGGAGGCCAAAUCGCCACAGAGGGACCUCUGACUUGGAGGGCAGUAACUGUGGGUGAAACUCCUCCCUCUACAGAGGACACGCCCACAGAACAAACGGAGCAAGAACCUUCCCCGACACAAGCUGGCCAAACGGGCGAAGCCGAUCCCCAGGAGCCAAUGUACAGUUACUAAAGCUGUGAGCUGGUCGCUGACUAAGCUGUGAACUUAUGGAGCGGUUGCUAGACCUAUUUAAAUUAUUUGGACAUUUUUUUUUAUUUUUUAAUUUUUAUGUUGAAAUGUAUUGAGACGAGAAGAUGGAAGAAUUGUUUCUCGACAGUAUUACAUGGUUAGGAAGACCUGGUAGAAAAGAUUCCUCUGACCCGGUCCAAAUCUGGAAUAAGAGGCUGACAAUUGUGGAGCCGUUUUAUUCCGCUAUGACGUUGUAGGCUUUGUGUUCUUCUGCCAAAUGUAGCAGAAGACUGGAAAUUUAUUGUGAAUAAAUUCUUUGCCGCAGAUGGGCGAUAUGAAGCCA